CCGGGCCGUGCCAGGGGGUGACAUCAUGGCAACGAUCAAGAGAGACACGCGAGUGACGGCGUCGCAGGGGCUGGCGUGCAUGGGCAUCGCGGGGGUCUUCAGCAAAACGGCCACUUGCCCCCUGGAUGUGGUCAAGAUCUUGAGUCAGGUGGGCACGUUUCACUGCAAGCGGGGCUUUCUGAACACUUUCCGCCUCGUGUACCAGAAAGAGGGGCUCCGGGCGUUCUGGAAGGGGAACCUGGUGGCCUGCUCCCGCCUGCUCCCCUACAGCACCGUGCAUCUGUCAGCUUACAAAAGGAUCGUGCACCUGCACAUGGACGAGUUGGGCUGCAUCUCGCCGGGCUGCGCCGUGGUGGCGGGCGGCCUGGCGGGCAUCGUGGCGGCCCUGCUGACGUACCCCCUGGAGGUGGCUGAAACCCGCCUCGUGGUCCAGAGCUGCCGGGACCCCUCCUACAGGGGGCUCGUGCACGCGCUGCGAGCUGUGCGCCGCCAGGAAGGGCUCCGCGCUCUCUACCGAGGGGCGUCGCUGACUGUCGUAGGAGCAAUUCCCUUUUCCCUGGGCUGCUACGUGGUCUACGUCAACCUGGACAAACUGUGGCGAGAGCCCAGCUCCCACCUCUCCCCGGGCCAGGACUUCGUCAACGGCUGUGUGGCCGCAGGGGUGGCCCAGACGCUGUCCUUCCCCUUUGAAACCGUGAAGAGGAAGAUGCAGGCCCAGAGCGCUGUCCUGCCUCACUGCGGGGGAGCUGAUGUCCACUUCACGGGGGUGGUGGACUGCUUCAGGCAGGUGAUCAAAGCCAAGGGCGUUCUGAGCCUGUGGAGUGGCCUCACUGCUAACCUCGUCAAGAUCGUUCCCUAUUUCGGGCUGCUGUUCAGCUCGUUUGAGUUCAGCAAGCAGGUGUGCCUCUACAGGAAUGGCUACAUCGUGUCUCCACUGAGCUACCAGCCGGCCCCCGGCGUGGACCAGAGUCUGGGGCCCCACGAGCUCCGGGAGGUGCAGAGGUACCUGCGGAACAGGAACUUCCGCUCGGAGCAGCCGGCCAUGAGGGGCUGAGGGGGGGCCCUGUCGGCACCCCCUUUCUGAAAGGCACUGAGGACUGAGCAGCUGGCACAGGAGGACAGGGCUCCUCAAGACAAGGGGAGACGAGGGGAGUGUGGCCGCCAGUCCCAGUUAUACAUACCUGCAAACAUACUGUUUCCAGCUGUACUCCCUGAUGCAGGUAACACUGCAUUUUACACGUUUACUGUGUCAAACAUUACGUGCAAUAAUUUUGAUGUUUUGCUAUUUACCUGCCAGACCUCUCGCACUUACACAGUGCUAUGCAUUACCUGUUCCAUUGUGCUGUAGUCAGAAGUGUCUCGUCUGUAGUGCACUCUGCAUUAUCCGGCGUGCUUUUCUGUGUUUUCUGUGUUGUGCGAUGCACCGAUCACGGUUUUGUCCCAUUCAGAUCUCAUGGUAAAACUGCACAUUUUGAGACGCUGAAAGGGUAUAUCGCUAAAAGCAUGACCGACGGACAGGAAUCACUUGUACACACACUGGCGGUGCCCCGGUAAACAUAUGCUAAACGUGCACAGUUAACAGUGAAAUCCUCGAUCUUCUGAUCAGCCAGUUAGCCACUGGCAACCUAACGAGCUAAAUGGGCCAAAUCGGCUGUCCAUCGUUUGUAGUUUUUUAUGUUCCAAACAUUUAGCUCCUCGCUGUUUAUUUCCAAAUGUUGCACUCUGUGCAAUGAGCUGAGAACAGUGUAUUAAGAGCUUUUAAUUGACUUACCCAUCUGUGCCUUGCUUGUGACUUCACAGUGAAAUAAGGACCACAUCACUUCUGAGAUGUUUUGGUCACUUACGUUACAGGAAAGAUUGAAAAUCUCCAGUAUUUUAUACUUGAAACUCCUGAGAAGUACAACGAAAGCACUUUGCUCCUACAGUAUGCCACGGAAGCAGGAGGUCACGUUCCAAAAGCACAUGGCCGCCAGGGACAAACACAGGCGUUGUGCAAGAGAAGCACGCUGCUGUGUUGUCAUCUCAGACCUGGAAGGGCCCGCCAGUGCCGGGUUUCGUCAUUUCAGGAAGAGCACAUGAAAAUCUAAAGUAUUCUAAGAUUGCAAAGGUUUUUUUUUUUUUAUAUUGCACAGCUUGGCGAUGCCAAAUAGUAUUUUCCAAAUGUAAAAAUUCACCCGUCAUGCUGUCGAUGUCCUCACUGUUGAUCAACAGUGUUUUACAAAGAGGCCGAGCGCAUCCCUUAAUGUCGCCCAUCCGUUGCGCCUCCUGAGGACAGGUACAGAGUAAGACACACUUCCUCGGCCGUGCUCGACUGCAGCUCUUUCCUCUCCCGGUGCGGAGGGCCGUGUGGCUUCAAGGUCGCUCGCUGUCCUGCGCUGGUGUGUAAACACGGCGGGCGCCUGCGGCGUUGCACGGGGACAGAGGGUGCCCGGGGUCACCGUGCACCUCGGCACCCACAGGAGAGCCACGCCCACGAGCGUGUGGAGAGACACUGCAGUGCAUGGGGGUGGGCAACUGAAAACAAUGGGAAAAACACCUAGAGAUAUCCUGAUCUGCCAGCGCAAGACGCCAGAGGUGUAAACCGAACGCAGGAGCAUUAAUAAAGACCCUUCAGUCCCACGUACUGUAA